AUGUUCAGACAAGCACUGUCCACCUCCUCCAGAGCUCUCCGCCCGAGCACCAGAGCAGUCGCAGCUCGAUCCUCGAUAGCGUCGCACUUCUCGCCAGCUCCCGUCCGCCUGGCUCCGUCACAGCUGUCCAGGUCGAGAUGGUACAGUGAUCAGGCAGAGCCGGCCGCCAAGAAGGAGGGCGAGGAGGGCAAAGCUGCAGACGCCGAGGCUCCUGCCAGCCCCGAAGCUGAGCUCAAGAAGAAGCUCGAGGCCAAGGAGAAGGAGGCCAUCGACUGGAAGGACAAGUACCUGCGCUCCGUCGCCGACUUCCGAAACCUCCAGGACCGCGCCCAGAGAGACCAGAAGUCCGCCCGCGACUUUGCCAUCCAGAAGUUCGCCAAGGACCUGGUCGACAGCGUCGACAACCUCGACCGCGCCCUCACCAUGGGCCAGGAGAAGCUCAAGGCCCUCGAGGGCACCGAGCAGAAGAACGAGGACCUGACCAGCUUCUACGAGGGCGUCAAGAUGACCGAGGGCCUCAUGCUGCAGACCAUGCAGAAGCACGGCCUCGAGAGGUUCGACCCCGAGGGCGAGAAGUUCAACGCCAACGAGCACGAGGCCACCUUCAUGACCCCCAUGCCCGGCAAGGAGGACAACACCGUCUUCCACGUCCAGCAGAAGGGCUUCAAGCUCAACGGCCGCAUCCUGAGGGCCGCCAAGGUCGGCGUCGUCAAGAGCGCGUAG